AUGCCUGCCACGCUAGAGAAAAUUAUUCAUGUAUGUGAGACUUUUGGUGCCGAAAAUGAUAUGACCUUCUGUGACAGGAAGACGAACUGUAUGUUUUUCCCCUGUCACCGAAGCCGCUUGCCUACAUGUAGUACGCCACCAUCUGUGAAACUGUACGGCACUCCACUGCCCUAUGUGCUUUCGGUCACUUACCUUGGCUACCAAAUUACACCGGACCUUUCCGACGACGAUUCCAUCCGUAAUCAAACCCGCCAGCUGUACACAAAAGCGAACUCUUUAAUCCGAACUUUCGGCAACUGUUCCGCUGAAGUUAAGCGUAUACUCUUUGUAGCACAUUGUUCCCCCAUGUACUGCGUACAACUAUGGAACAAUCAUAGCGCAGGUGUGUUGCAGAGGCUGCGGGUUGCUUACCAUGAUGCUUUCAAAAUCAUUAUGUCUCAGCCUCGCUCCACCAGUAACAGCUUGUUCUUUGCCCAGUUGGGUGUCGACACCUUCGACGCCAGGAGGCGAAAGCUGACACACUCUUUUGCGGCUCGCCUCCUGGUGUCCGGUAACGGCAUCAUCAGUUUGCUCUUACGCUCUGAUGCCUUCCCCAGAAGUCAGUUCUGGCGUAGGUACUGCCAGUUGGUAUGCAGACCUUAAAUAGGCCCCGUUUCUUUUAUCCCAGACACCGUAUUUUUAA